AAAUAAAACAAAGAAAUUUAAAUUUUCAAAAUUUUUGUGUUGGUUGCACUAAAAUUGACAACUAUAUUUCGAUUACUCUUAUCGAUUACACGUGAUAUCGUGUGGCCACGAUUACUAUUUGUAAUUAUUAACAUCACUAGCCUUAGCAAGCAAACGUGUAAUUUUUUAUUAGUAGAAAGAAAACACGUCAAAAUUAAAUUAAUAAAGCAGAUUAGUCGAUAAUAUUUGCAUGUGAAAGUUAAACAAAUAAAAAAGCAAACUUUUGACACUUCCCGCAUAAUUAAGGGGAAUAUUUUAAGCCAUUAAUUCGUGAAAAGUUAAAAAUCCUUUAUUGCAAAAUGUCAAUAGCUGGGCCAACCAAACAAGAAAUAGAAGCUGUUUUCAAUCGCUUGAGAAUGCAGCCAGCAAAUAAAUCUUGCUUCGAUUGUGCAGCGAAGACGCCUACGUGGUCUUCCGUGACGUACGGCAUUUUUAUAUGCAUUGACUGCUCUGCAGUGCAUAGAAAUUUGGGUGUGCACUUAACAUUUGUGCGCUCCACGAACUUGGACACAAACUGGACGUGGUUACAACUGCGACAAAUGCAGCUUGGUGGAAACGCCAAUGCAGCGCAAUUUUUCCGACAACACAAUUGUGUCACCACCGACUCACAGCAGAAGUACAAUUCACGUGCAGCUCAGUUGUACCGCGAUAAACUGGCUUCCUUGGCACAGCAAGCCAUGAAGGUGCAUGGAACGAAGCUACAUUUGGAUCACACAACCGAUAAAGCAGAAGGCAAUGACGUUAACAAAACAACCGCUGAGGAAGAGGAUUUCUUCGCUCAGUGCAGUAAUGACAAUAAUAAGGAUUCCUUUUUUAAUAACAAUAAUAGCGAAUCUAAUUUAUCGCAAAAGUUGGACUUGAAAGAACCUACAGCAACCGCCGCUGAAAAAUUAUCACCAGCUGUAUCAGGCGCGCCCAGUAUAGAUUUGUUGAACUCAGCUGUGUCAGCAGCUUCAAAGCCAACCAUUGGUGUGCGCAAAAUACAACCAAAAAAAUCUGGUUUGGGAGCACGUAAAGCUGGUGGUUUAGGCGCUACAAAAGUCAAAGCUAACUUUGCGGAAAUAGAACAUCGCGCAAAUCUUGCUGAUCAGUGCAGAGAAGCAAACGUUGUUGCUGAAAAACCACGUACUGAACAGGAAGAGUUAGAAUCUGUAGCUAGUAUGCGGUUAGCUUAUCAAGAUCUAUCAGUACAACGAACGCGUGAAGAAGCCAAACUAAAAACCGUGGAUCCGGUAAAAGCAAAACAAAUGGAACGUUUAGGUAUGGGAUUCAAUUUACGAGGCAAUGAUAUAUCCCAUUCAGCUAUUAGUGACAUGGAAACCAUACAACAGGCAGCAGCUCCUAAAACUGUAACCCAACCAAAAUUAUCCGGAUUCGAGAGUGACAAUUUCUUUAAUGAUUAUAGUCCAUCAAUGUACAGCGGAAGUGGUAACAGUACAUCUCCCACUUCCAAAUUAGAUAAACAGGAAUUGGAAAUUAUGGGCUUUGAGACAAUAGAAUCACAUCAUUCCAACAUUUCUUCCAUGUUUUCAACUCCAGAUAACGAUGUUAAAUUGAAUAUGAAUAAGUCAGCUAAACCUGCUUUAGCAGGAUAUGAUACAAGCUAUUCACGUAAACCACAUACUAAAAAUAAAAGUACCCCUGAUGACGAUAAUGCUGCACAAAAGAAGUUUGGAAGUGCAAAAGGAUUCGGUUCCGAUCAAUUCUUUGGAAAUGAUAAAGUUGAAGCUGAUGUAUCCACAAAUUUGUCAAGGUUUCAGGGAUCGAACAGCAUUUCAUCGUCAGAUUACUUUAGCGAUGGUAGUAGUCAGUUAAAUCGUGGUUCCAGGGGUUAUAAUACUGGAGUAAACUUCCAAGCACCUGAUUUGGAUGAUGUUAAAGAGAGCGUACGACAAGGAGUACACAAAGUAGCCGAUCGUUUGAGUUCAUUAGCUGUAAAUGUGAUGAGUUCAAUUCAAGAUAAAUACGGCAACUGAUAGUAUCUGUGUUCGUAACCAUACUUCAUUUUAUCUGAUCUGAUCUGAUAUGAUCGUCUAAUCUUAUUAAAUUGUUAAAGCAAACAAUAAUAGUAAAAAGUGUAAAUGAAAGAAAUGUUUGAGUAAAUAACUCGUAAUUCCAAUUUAUACAAAUAUAUAUAUUCAUAAUAUUGCAUUGAACACAAUUAACUCAUACAUUAACAUAAAAUAUUUGAAACAAUCAAUAAACAAUAAAAAAACUAGUUGCACUGGCGAUGCUGAGGAGCAUUUAAUUUGUGCAACUAAUGAACAAAUUAUGGCGCUUUUAGCAAAGUCUCUCAUAGCUUUGUCUUACUUGA